GUUAAGUACUGUAUCUAAAAAAAACCCAAAUUGCUUAAACCCUAAUCGGGAAAAAAAAAUCUCUGACGACCAAAAAAAAUAAUUCGGAAAAAUCUCUCUCUGAUGGGAUUCUUCGAUCUAAGUAUUCCGUACAAUGAGCCGCCAAGAUCAGGCGGUAAGGAAGUCGCCGGCGGGAAAGCUUUGCGGUUAAAGCUCGCCACGAAAGCCAUGGAGCUGGGCUAUGUUGGGAUCGCACAUAAUCGUUCGAUCAAAGGCGUGAUGUCUGACAAGGACUCGUGUACGAUCCCUCUUCUCACUCUUGGAUCACUUAUCAAAGUCGCUCCGCGGUUAGCUUCCUCUGUUGGGUUCCAUCGCGAUUUACUAGGCGUUCCGCGAGCAACUCCGUUUCGGCAGUACACGGGUCUCACGGUUCAUGUUGAGAGUAAUGCUCAGUGUCAGAGUUUGAAUUCUGGGAAUCCGAUUCUAAAGAGUUAUGAUAUUAUUGCUGUUAGGCCGAUGAAUCAGAACGCCUUCGAUUAUGCUUGUGAGAAAGCUGAGGUUGAUAUGAUUUCGAUUGAUUUCACAGACAAGAUGUUAUUCCGAUUGAAGCAUCCGAUGGUUAAAGCUGCUAUUCAGCGAGGGAUUUACUUUGAAAUCAAGUACUCUGAUUUCCUAAUGGAUGCACAAACGAGGAGACAAGUUAUAUCGAAUGCUAAGUUACUGGUGGAUUGGACUAGGGGGAAGAAUCUGAUUAUAUCAAGUGGUGCUCCUUCAGUCACAGAAAUUAGAGGUCCAAACGAUGUCAUAAAUCUCAUGUCCUUGCUUGGACUCUCUCCUGAAAGAGCCAGAGCUGCCAUUUCAAAAAAUUGUAGGAAUAUGAUAGCCAAGGUUUUAAAGAAAAAACGGUUCCACAAAGAAGCUGUCAGGGUUGAAUUACUUUCUUCUGGUGAUACAUUUAGCCUCGACCAGCCUCUGUCUGGAGAUUGCAUGAAAUGGGAUCCCCUUUCGAGUGGUGAAGGUGACAUGCUUUUGGAUGAUCUUGCAAAGGCUUUUGAUGCCACUAAUGUUGUGGCGCACAAAUCCUCUAAGGCUAUUGAUUUCGCCUCUGUUCUCGAUGGCUUGCCAACACAUGGUUUCCGGGUUGGGGAUAUUGUAGGAACUGAACCAUUGACUCAGCCUCCUGCAGCUAUGGUGAUUGACGCACAGGUGCACAGUAAUCAAGUUUCUGAAGUACCUAUUGCUGUGGCAGCUUCAUCUGAUGAUAAUCCUCAGGAAAUCGAAACCAUAAGCCAAAUUGACAUGCACAUGUCUGAAGAUGACAGUAAGCUGGAACCUACAACAGAUGUCCGCAGAAAAGAAGCAAUUACCCUAAGAAAAUGCAGUGCCAGCCAUGGCCAGGGGGUUUUGGUGAAAAACCAUACAGCUGCUUCCUUUACACUGAUAAAAUGUACAAAGUCAGAUGCUGCUUCGGAUGUUAGCAUGAACAUUGAGUCGACUUCCGAAGGUGGAUCAAUGUCACCAUCAAAAAGCGAUCAUGGGAUCUCACAAAGUCCUGUUAAAGUGAUAAACAUGGGAAAGACUGCUUUCGAUGAAGUCUCAGUGGACGAGAACAACAAACAAAGAGUUAACACUGGUCAUACUAGUAAUGAUGAGAUGCAUAUCACUGAGCCUGGCCACCACGCAUCCAUUGAUGAAGAGAAGCAUAUCGCUGAGCCUAAACAACACACAUCCAUUGCUGAUGAGAUGAAAAUUGAUUACAUGGAGGUGACAGUGGAAGACCAGACGCAUGAAACAGGUGACAGUAAUAUUAAUCUUCCUAACUUAUCCUCUGAGACUACCGAUUUGCUAAGAGAAUCAGGUAAAUCUCUCAGUCCAGAGGCGGUUGGACAAGAACACGACCAAGUAUCAAGAUUAGAGUCCAAGGAGACAGAGCUUGAGGAAGAGGAGGCAUCAGUGCCAUACGACAACCCCUUUGAGAGAACAAUGGAAGAGAAGAAGGUGGAAGAGUCAACAAUUGAAGACAACAAGGAAGUUAAGACUGAAACUGAAACUAAUGACCAAUCCCAAGUCCAAUCCUCUGGAAGUAACAAUGACACAAUAUCAGGUAAGACGCAAGCUAAGAGGAGUAGAGUUCGAUUGCCGCAACUAGUGCCUUUCAAGCCUUUUCUACUCCAGUCAAGAUUCAAACGAAUCAGUAGAAAAAGAAAACAUGGAAGAGCUUGAUCAAUUCUUAAAACCCUAGAUAAGUUUUGUGCAUUAAUUUAUAUACCCACGCAAGUCUCGUGGUUUCAGUGUUGAACCGAUUAUAAAAGUGGGGGAAAAGAAAGCAUCUAAUUUAUAUU